AUGUUUUUAAUUUUUGCAAGGGCCUCUUUUUGGGUUUUACACGUUAUUGUGCACGUGAUUUAUAUUGACAUUCCACGCCUUCGGCGGGCUUUCAAAAUAAUGACUGAAGAAAAAAGGACGGAAAAGAUCGAGGAAAGGAUUGAUUUUUUAUCUGCUGGAACAAAUACACGAUGCUUUUUUUCUUUUGAGAGUUUUGCUGAUUUCACCUACACGUCUCCUCCAUACAAUGGACAUAUAAGCACUCUCCUUUGUGCCUUUCGGCCACCAAAACCGAUUAAAUACACACGACAAGUCGUUGAUAGUGUUGAUGGUAAUCCCAUCUGUCUUGACUGGUUUCUUGCAGAGGAAAAAAAUAGCCCAGCAAAUGGCAUCAUGAUCAUUUUCCCUGGCCUGGCGUCUUGGUCUCAGACCAACUAUGUUCAGCAUUACGUUUGGCAUGCUCAUGAUAGAGGAUUUCACUGCUGUGUUUUUAACGCACGGGGGAUGGGUGACACCCCGUUGACCCGGCCGCGACUCAUGUCUGCAUCAUGGACUGGUGACCUCCGAUGGGUUACUCGCACGGAGCUUUCAAGAACGGCGCUAUCUUUGAGGUUUGGUGCGACAGCUCAAAAUGUAUGGGGUGUUGGCUUCAGUUUGGGCGGGGUCGUCCUGGCAAAGUACUUGCAUGAAGAAGGACAGAAUAUGACGAAAGAAUUUCCUUUUGAUGCAGCUCUCAUUAUUAAUAGCCCACUGGAUACAUUGGCUGUAAGCGCCAAUAUAAUGCAACCGGAAAAUGCUCUUUACCAGAAAAAUCUGUUUGGGGGUCUUAUUCGUUAUGCCAUUCGGCAUAAAGAUAUGCUCAAGCAACUACCAGGAGUCAAUGACGACGGUAUACGUAAAGACCCUCUUCGUUUUCUAAAACGGCUGAGGACAAUAAAUGAGUUUGAUGCCCACAUCACAGCGCCACACAAUGGCUUCUCCAAUCCCGAGGAGUACUACGCAGCGGUAAACACACUGACAUCUCUUAGACAAUGUACCAUUCCUACUCUAUGUGUGAUAGCUCGCGACGACCCCGUCACUGGUGAACCGCCAAGGAAGGAAAUGAGAGAGUUGGUUACUGCCAACAGCCUUGUUGCUUUUCUUGAACUCCCUUACGGAGGUCACCUGGGAUACAUUGGAUCUCCCGUCGAGGAAUGGCGUGGCGACCCCUCAUUUAUGGAGCUCCUUACGUGCAAUAUAUGUCAAGCAUCUCAAGGUAGGGGCUAG